UGUCAUUUGACGUUUGACAUUUUUUGAUAUUUAAGUUUACGUAGCUAAUUUUAAUUUAUUGUAAUGUUUUAAGCACAUUGUUUAUUUCAUGUCUCGUGUUAAGUUCCAAGUUAAGAAUGGCCUUGUACCAGUUGGAAGAACAGCCCCCCAUCGUUAAGGCAAUUUUCGUGGGUUGUGAACCGGAAAAGUACAAAGAACUGAUUAAAUCGAAACAGGAUGUGAAUUGCACUGAUAGUAAAAAACGUACCCCUCUUCACGCUGCUGCUUUCAUCGGGGACGCCGUAAUAGCCUCAGUUUUGCUCUCAAAUGGGGCCCGAGUCAACGCGAAAGACACCAAAUGGUUGACGCCCCUCCACCAAGCCUGCUACAUGUGUGCCAAUGACACAGUUUCAAUUCUUUUAAACAACAAUGCGGAUGUAAACGCCCGAGACAAGCUAUGGCAGACCCCCCUACACGUGGCUGCGGCCAAUGGGGCUUACAAGUGCAUCGAGCAGUUGCUCCCUCACGUGCCCAACCCCAAUGUCACCGACAGAGGGGGGCGCACUGCCCUGCAUCUCGCCGCUUAUAGCGGAAUGGCCGAUUGUGUGGAACUUUUGAUUUCGCGGGGGUGCAUUGUUAACGCCUACGAUAAGAAGGACUGUCGCCCCCUGCAUCGGGCUGUGCAAAUGGGGGCCUUGGACGUGAUUGAAUUGUUGUUAAGAUACAAAGCUGAGAUUAAUGCGAAAGACAGGAAUCAGUACACGCCGUUGCAUGUGGCUGCAGCGGGGGGCAGAGACGCCGUUUGUCGGCUUUUGAUCAGUCAGGGGGCUGAUGUUAACGCACAAAAUGUCUUCGGGAACACCCCCUUGCAUAUUGCUUGUCUCAACGGACACCAUUUAGUCUAUAAGGAAUUGAUCAAUGCGGGGGCUGAUGUUGAAGCUGUCAAUUACCGGGGGCAAACGCCCUUACAUAUCGCCGCUGUUAGUACCAAUGGUGUUGAUUGUAUGAUGUUGUUACUCAUGCAAAAGGUUGAUUUUAAUAGACAAAGUCUUGAUGGUAGGACUCCACUACAUAUGACUGCAAUACAUGGGAGGUUUACGAGAAGUAAGAUUUUGAUUGAUAAGGGGGCUAUUAUUGAUUGUCCGGAUAAAAAUGAUUGUACGCCUUUACAUAUUGCGGCGAGGUAUGGACACGAUUUGUUGACUAACACAUUGUUGUCUUAUGGGGCUAAUCCCUCACAGAGGGGCUACGAGGGGAGACAGCCCCUGCAUAUGUGCUGUCUGGCCGGUUAUGUCGAGUGUUGCAGGAAAUUGCUUCAAGCUGGGGUUGAUUUAAAUGCCGUGGAUGACUCGGGGAAAACGCCAACUCAUUGUGCUGCAUAUAAAGGUUCGGUGGAAUGUUUAGACCUGCUUGUGAGCAGCGGUGCUAAAUUUCAACUAAAAGACAACAUUGGACGUCUCCCUUUGCAUUAUGCCGCAUCCCAAGGCCACUACCAGUGUAUUUUCACACUUGUGGGAAUAGGAAGUUCAACAAAUGCUAUCGAUAUGGAGGGUUGUACCCCUUUACAUUUAGCAUGUGGUUAUGACACUGAAGGCAAAUGCAUUGAAUAUCUCUUAGAACACAAAUCUGAUCCUUUUAUUAAGGAUCGACGAGGUUUCACACCAAUACAUUACGCUUUAGCUGGUGGCAACAUUGCAGGAGUUAGUCGCUUAUUGGUAGUUAUUAACAAUUCAAUGAUUUUUCAAGAACCGGACAUGCCGGAUGUCACUCCACUCCAUCUAGCGGCAAAACUCGGCAAUAUCAACGUCAUGCGUGCAAUCCUGAGUUACUAUCACGACGUGAAUUUGCAAACUGAGCAAGGUUUGACUCCCCUGAUCCUCGCAUCACGCGAAGGUCACGUCCAAUGUGUCAAUAUCCUCCUGAGAUUCGGUGCCAAAGUGGCACUUUGUGAUAACGUCAAUGGCAUGACGGCGGUGCAUUAUAGUGCCAAAAACGGUCAUUCACAAUCUCUUACGUUACUUUUACACAACAGUGAAGACAAAAACAUCAUCAAUAUGCACGAUGGCUACAAACGAACCGCUUUAAUGUUGGCUGUUUCGGGGAAUCACAUCGAGUGUGUCCAAACUUUACUCAAAUGUGGAGCUGAUCCCAACGUUGUCGAUGAUGAUAAACAUUCCUGUUUGUUUAGGGCUGUGGUCACUGGGCAAAAUAGUAUGGUGCAAUUGUUAUUAUCUAAUAACGCGAAAGCCGACACUGUCGACAUUUAUGGCAAAAGUGUGCUACAUCUAGCGGCAGCUUGUGGUCAUCUUGUCUGUUUACAAACCAUUCUUGGUUAUUUGACUGAAAAAGACACAACGGUGUUGGAUAAUCAAGAGUGUUCAGCCUUGCAUUGGGCCUGCUAUAAUGGUAACGCAAAUUGUGUGGAAUUCCUGCUGGAGAACAACGUUUGCGAGCAAAUGGAGGGGAAUCCCUUCUCGGCGGCUCAUUGUGCAGCGUUCGCCGGUUCGGAGCGUUGUUUGGAAUUAUUAUUGCACAAAUUCGGGACUGAAAUAACGCAAUUGAGGGAUACACGUGACCGCACCCCUUUGCACAUUGCCGCCUUGCACGGUCAUGUCGAAUGUGCGAAAUUAAUAGUCGAGAAAGGGGGCGAUGUUAACGCCUGUGAUGAGGAGGGGAGAACACCGUUGGUGGCAGCGGCGCAAUACGGCCAAGUGGCCUUCGUGGAAUAUUUAUUGAGUUGCAAUGGAGUUGAUAGGAGUGCAAGUGACAAGCAAGGCAACACUGCACUGCAUUGGGCCUGUUAUAGGAAAUAUAACAACAUAGCGUUGUUACUUCUUGAAAAUCUUGAUAAUGUUGAGUUUGUUAAUCUUGCAAAUCAUGAUGGGAAAACGGCUCUUCAUUUGUCGUCGCGUAAUGGACUAGUGGACGUGACUAGAGAACUUCUUCAAAAGGGGGCUUCCGUUUCGGCUGUUGAUAACGAGGGGCUAACACCGGCCCUGUGUUGUGCGCCAAACAUGAACGUGGCUCAAUGUUUAGCUUUGAUUCUUCAAAACUUGCCCCAACUUAAUUUAACCAAAAACGAUUUCAGACGUCUUAAUACAGCCUUAGAUUUUCAUAUACAUGAACAAUGAGGGUUUUUAUAAUUGCUAGAUCACAAAAAACUUGUGAUUGAUGAUUUUUACACAAGUUGUUUUUUAUAUCGUGUUUUAAAAAUUUUAAUGUCGCUGGUAAGGUGCUAUUUUUUACCACCAAUGGCGCCUUGUGUACUUAUUUUAACUCGUUUUGUAACUCAACUAGUCGCUUUUUUCUUUGUUACAAGAAACAAAGUGUUCAAAUAACGAUUUUGGUAUGACUGUAGUAUUUAUUGCAUUUUACAGUUUGUAAUAAAAUUAUCAAAAAUAAUACGGU